AGGGAGGGCUGUUGGUGCCUCAUUAUCAUGGGGCGGGCGGGCCUGGAACAGACUUGUAUCGUCGUCGAGAAAACCCCCCGUGGGUGUGUGUGGUGUGUCUCCCCUAAGAGCGGAAAACUGGCAGUCACACUUACUUGAAAUGUAUCUUUUAUUCAAUAAAAGUAGUUCCCGGGCUUGUCUCAGCUAGCCCUACGGGUCCACUCGAAGAGAAGAAGUAGGAAGUGCAAAGGAAUGCGCGGGAAAGAGAACAGACGGUCAUACCAAGAGUUCAACGAUGAUGAGCAUGAAGACACACAGUCUCCGGCCUUCUUUGACAACACCACCGCAGACCUGGAUCACGACGAGCCCGAUAGCCGCGUCUCGCAAGAGGAUGACAUCAGGGACAACAGUCCACCGGUGAGAUUCAGCAAAGCCUGCCUGAAGAACUUCUUCACGGUGGUGCUGAUCUUCAUCUACCUGCUGCUGACCGGGGUGGCCGUGUUCCUGGCCUACCAGACCAUCUCGGACUUCCUGGAGAGGUUCCACCACCCGGUUAUGUCUGUCACCUACAAAGAGGUGGACUCCUUUCCCCCCCCAGGUAUCGCUCUGUUUCCCGGCAAAGCUCAGCUGUUGAGCUGCCGGCAUCAUUACCAUGACAACAUCCCACCUUUAGUGGACCCAGGGAAGCACCAAGAGGGAGACUGUGUGAUUAAUGAUGUGACUUACAUCGGACCAUUUACCAAUCAAACUGAGAGAAGAGCUCUGGUGGUCCGCGGUCCGUCUGACGUCAGAAACAAAGAGCUGAUCUUCAUGCAGUUCAGCCUCAAUGAAACGGAGGAGGACUUCAGCGCCAUCUCUUACAUGCUUUUUGCCAAUUUUAGUGACUUUAUUGAGAGUGCCAAUAAAUCCGACUUCAUGAGGGAUUGUGAGAGCAACUACUCCAUGUGGACUUUCUCUGGUGGAUUCAGAACCUGGGUCAAGAUGUCUUUAGUGAGGACGUCUGGCAAAACCAAUGAAGCUGUUGAGUUUCGGCAAGAGUCCGCUGUGGUAAAAUUCAAUGACAAAAGGCCUCCAUCAGAAAAAAACAAUGAGCUCUUCUUUGCUGUCUUUGAAUGGCGGGAUCCUUUUAUGCAAGACAUCAGACUGAUAGUGACUGCAAAUCCCUGGAACUCUGUAGCCAUUCUCUGUGGCGUCUUCAUGGCUCUCUUCAAGGCUGCUAAUUUUGCUAAACUCACGAUUCAGUGGAUAAUCAGAAUGCGGAAGAGGCAUCUGAGGAACAAAGCCCGGGAGCUGAACCAAAUAAACUGAAACACUUUGCAGAAAAGCACUGGUGACCCAAUCUGACGACAUCCAAACGAUCCAAGUGAGGUUUUUUCAGGUCGUUUUCUAAUCAUUGGUAAAGAUGAAUGUUUAUCCAUAACCUUUGUUAGAAUAUAACACUUUAUAGAUACAGUGAUAUGUUGUAACUGAAUACCACUGCGAGAUGAAUCAUUUCCAAAAGAAAUGCCUUGUUAGACAAGACUUCAGUGAAUUGUUGGUAGUUGCCAUUUCCAAAGAUGAGGUAUUUUCAUAAAUGUGUUGUAUGCAUGUAAAGGAAUCCUGGCUGAAAGCUGAGACACUCAAUAUUUGGGAUAUAGUUUGAGAAUUUUCAAAGAUUUUAAUGGUAUGACUGUUUCAAAACUGAGAAAAUGUGAACUUUGGUCAACAUGUUGCUGGAUUUAAUAAUCUUAUUCAAAAAGGGAAUAUUGUAGCAUAUUUUAUGUUUGUGUCUUAAAGCUUUAGAAUUCAAUUUUUAACUUCGAAGGGAUUAUUAUGAACUUCUUUUCUUCUGUCAGAGUGAUCUACUGUUUUAUUUCUGUUUUGGCUAAAGCUGUCCCUUAUUGUACUGUGGUUUUCAUUUGAUUUACAUAAUGUACUAAUGUACACUAAUAACCACAUAAAUGUGGUUGUUAGUGUUCAAAUUUACUUGAAUUGCUGUCUUAAUUAUGCUGCCUUUCACACACUAUGUUGUUAAAAUAUUGUAAAAGAAAAUAUAUGUGAAUGCCU